AAAACACAAUCAAUUUUUCCUCCAUAAAUUUGGAAGUGUGGUUGUGUAAUAUAGCAUAUUGCAAGAUAUGGGAAAUUUUUGCAGCUGCCAAGUUUCAAUUAUAGGCAAGGUACAUGAUGUGGAAUAUGAUGAAUGUGACCAAAAGGACAUUGAUUUUACAAGUGAAAAUGGUGGGUCACAGGUCAUGUUUAAAGGAUCCUCUAAAUCUAUAUCAAUGUACUGCAAAAAGGGUACAAAAGGAAUUAAUCAAGAUGCAAUCACAGUUUGGGAGGACUUUGGCGGAGAAAAAGACACAAUUUUUUGUGGUGUGUUCGAUGGUCAUGGUCCUCUAGGACACAAAUUUGCACAAUGUAUACGUGACAAUCUACCUUCUAAACUCUCUACAACAAUCAAAAUGUCACAACAAAAUGUCGAUGGUGCUAAUGCUACAAACAAAAACACUUAUGAUGAGGAUAAACAACACUUGUCCUGUACUUCAUGGGAAAAACACCUUUUCAGCUCCUUCAAUGAGAUGGAUGAAGAUCUUGCUAAGAACAUUGCCAAAACUGAUGGAUUUUGUGGAGGUAGUGUAGCUGUAACUUUAAUUAAACAGGGUGACCAAUUGAUAAUUGGCAAUUUGGGCGAUUCUCGUGCAGUACUUUGCACAAAAGCAGACGACAACCAUCUUAUUCCUAUUCAACUAUCUACCGACUUGGUUCCGGAUGUUCCAAAUGAAGCUAAGAGAGUGAUUAAUUGUGGAGGAAGAGUUUUUGCAGCAAAAGAAGAUCCUGAUGUAAAAAGAAUUUGGAUGGCUGAAGGUGAUUGUCCUGGAUUAGCUAUGUCAAGAGCAUUUGGAGAUUUUUGCCUUAAAGAAUAUGGUCUCUCUUCAGUUCCUGAUGUAUCUCAUAGAAAAAUUACUAAGCAAGAUGAGUUUGUUGUUUUGGCCAGUGAUGGGGUAUGGAAUGCGCUAUCAAAUAUUGAAGUAAUAACCAUAGUUGCAUCAGCACCAAAGAGGUCCUUAGCAGCCAAAUUGUUAGUCAAACGUGCUGUUCAAGCUUGGAAACAAAAGAAUCCUUGUUAUCAUGUUGAUGAUUGUUCAGCCAUAUGCUUGUUCUUGAAUGAUCAGCCAGUUAAUCUGAGAGGGAAUAAAAGACAUCGCUAGAAGAACCUACAAUAUUGCUCUUGAUCUAGAAAUUACUUCUAAA